AUGGCUGAAAUAGAAGUCCACAACCCACCAGAAUGAGCAGGCUGAGCAUUGCUUCAAACUAGAAUAUGCACAGACUUUAACAGAACUUUCUGUUGUAGCCCCAAUGAAAAGACACCCCACUGUGGAGGCGAUCCAGAGUCCAUAUGCACAGAUGAUUUCGAUCUUGGAGAAGGCUUUGGGCCUCACUACUUACUGUGUCCAAACGCUGACUUUUGAGGAGAUAGAAAUCUCGUGGCUAAUCAAACUUUAGUUAACAUCACACAAGAAAGAGAAGAAUCCUCUUGGUUUUAUUGCAAUUAUGAAUUAAAACAUUCUGGAGAAAGUGCAACAGGGAUAAAGUUUCAGAACUCUUCUGCUGAUGGAGUAUCACUUUAUUUAUACAAAAGAACCGGUAAAAAGAGUGCAAUCUCACUUGGAGAAAUUUCAGACAAAUCUUACGAAUUAACCAAACAUGAAUCCUUAAUAAUAGCCGCUCUUCCCUUUUAUAUCGGGGAUACCUCAUAUAGCUUUAGCUUCAACUCUUUUCAAUCCCCAAACCCUGACCCGAAACCAGAUCCCUCCGACCAAGAUUCCUCAAAACUCCUCCUCAUAAUCUCAAUCUCCACCGGUAUCGCCCUUCUGCUCCUCAUCGCCAUCAUCACCCUCACCUGCUGUAUCAUCAGAAGAAAAUCCCGCUCUGGCCCCAGCCAAGAUCCUCAAAAAUACACUCAUCUAGUACAAGACCAGACCCAAGAGACUUCUGCUUAA